GCAUAAACACUCCUUGAUGUUCCAGAAUAAACUAAACUAGAAUCCGUGGUUAAAUAUCCAAAGCGACCGCCCAAACUACAGUAGCAGUAGCCAAACAGAUCAAAUACUAGCCAUUGACCUUCAACAAUUAAAGCUGCUGUAAUGUUCGGCCUAAUAAUCUCAGGACGUCUGCCUCAAACGGAUUUUGCAGCUGUAGACGAAAAUAAACUACUCAUCAAUGUCCCCGACAUUGAGGCAGUCAAUUACAUUGUCGUCUUUCUUACAGGAAUUACGCCGCUUCCAGUGGGCACAGCAGCAGCCAUUUACUUCAGCUGGCCUGAUGCAAAUGCGGCGCCCACCUGGCAAUAUCUGGGUCACAUAAAUAAUCAUAAACCGUCGGCUAUAUUCAAGAUAGCGCAACUAAAGAAAAGUCAUGAGUUGGAGGCGCAUUCACAUGGCAUGGUUUUUGGCGCACAAGAAAUAUCCCACAUAGCACAGAUUGGUAUAUCCAUAGAGCCUGAGUUGACGGUGGUGCAGCAGACGCCAGCGGUUUCCACCGCCAAUGACAACAAGCAAUUUAGCCAGCGCAUGUUAGAGAACUUUUUCAAUUAUGCGUCCAGUUUUGGCGUCAGUGUGACUGAUAUUCCACCAACGAGCAGCGAUCUCUUUGUGCCUUUCUCAGCAGUACAAAAUUGGUACACUAAUUUCCAGAGACGCAUGGAACAGAACCCCAAUUUUUGGAAAUAUUGAUCACACGCUCCUACACUCGUGCAAAGAUCAUGUACUUUUAUUUUGCAUAAAGUUUUGUAUUAAUUAAACCAUAUAUUCUUGAGACUUGCCUAAA